AUCUCUAAGUAAAAGUAUACCACAUCUACAAAUAAUUUUUUACCUACGCAAAUAUGUUAGAAAUGAUGCAUGAUAAUACAAAUGCCAACUUGUGCCCAAUGCACACUUUUUUAAAUCUAUGCAUCACAUCAUUAACUUUUAUGUAAAUACACUGAUGCAAAUCGGUGAAUCUGAUCAUCAUAAGUAUAUAUUUGCAUAAGAUUAUAUUUUAUGUUGUUGUUUUUUUUAAUUGUAAACAAGUUUUAUAAGUUCAGAGAAUCUUGUCAUCUUUGGCUCAGCCUGACUGAAAGAUGGGGGAUGCUGUGAUGGCGGAGUUUGGAGCUGCUGCUUCAUUCUUACGGAAGUCAGACAAGGAGCGUCUGGAGGCCCAAACUCGGACCUUCGACAUGAAGAAGGAAUGCUUUGUGUGUGAUCCUGAGGUUGAGUAUGUCAAAGCCUCCAUCACCAGUAGAGACGGUGACAAAGUCACUGUUAACACUGAAUUUGGGAAGACAGUCACUGUGAAGGACGUUGAUGUUCACCCUCAGAACCCGCCAAAGUUCGAUAAAAUUGAGGACAUGGCGAUGUUCACCUUCCUGCACGAGCCCGCUGUGCUGUUUAACCUCAAAGAGCGUUACGCAGCCUGGAUGAUCUACACCUACUCUGGGCUCUUCUGUGUCACUGUGAACCCCUACAAGUUUUUGCCGGUGUACAACCAGGAAGUCGUCAAUGCCUACAGAGGAAAGAAGAGGAGUGAAGCUCCUCCUCACAUCUUCUCCAUCUCUGACAACGCCUAUCAGUACAUGCUGUCAGACAGAGAAAACCAGUCUGUCCUGAUCACCGGAGAAUCCGGUGCUGGAAAGACUGUGAACACUAAAAAAGUAAUCCAGUACUUUGCAAGCAUUGCAGCAGUGACAACCGGCAAGAAGGAUGCAUCAGCCGAGAAAAAGGGUACUCUGGAGGAUCAAAUCAUCCAGUGUAAUCCUGCUCUGGAGGCUUUUGGUAAUGCCAAGACCAUCAGAAAUGACAACUCUUCCAGAUUUGUAAGUGUGGUUCACAUUGGUGUUGUCAUUUUAUAUUGGUUUCAUGAUAUUCUAUAUGAGCAUGUUAUGCUAUGUUUACAGGGUAAAUUUAUCCGUAUUCAUUUUGGCGUCAGUGGAAAGUUAUCUUCUGCUGACAUUGAGACUUAUCUGCUGGAGAAGUCUCGUGUGACUUUCCAGCUCAAGGCUGAGAGAGACUACCACAUCUUCUACCAGAUCCUGUCUCAGAAGAAACCAGAACUGCUGGAGAUGCUGCUCAUCACCAACAACCCCUUUGACUACUGCUUCAUAUCCCAAGGAGAGACUCAAGUGGCUUCUAUUGAUGACGGUGACGAGCUGGUGGCCACUGAUGAUGCGUUUGAUGUGUUGGGCUUCACCCAAGAGGAGAAGAACAGCAUCUACAAAAUGGUUGGUGCCGUCAUGCACUACGGCAACAUGAGGUUCAAGCAGAAGCAACGAGAGGAACAGGCAGAGGCUGAUGGGACUGAGGAUGCUGACAAAGUUGCAUAUCUAAUGGGCCUAAACUCAGCUGACUUGAUCAAGGGUUUGUGCCACCCGAGAGUCAAAGUAGGAAAUGAGUGGGUCACCAAGGGACAAAGUGUCCAGCAGGUGUACUACUCUAUUGGUGCUCUGGCAAAGUCAGUGUACGAGAAGAUGUUCCUCUGGAUGGUUGUGAGAAUCAACCAAUCCCUGGACACCAAACAGCCUCGCCAGUACUUCAUUGGUGUGCUGGACAUUGCUGGAUUUGAGAUCUUUGAUUACAACACCUUUGAGCAGCUGUGCAUCAACUUCACUAAUGAGAAGUUGCAGCAGUUCUUCAACCACCACAUGUUUGUGUUGGAGCAAGAGGAAUACAAGAAGGAGGGUAUUGAGUGGGUGUUCAUUGACUUUGGCAUGGACUUAGCGGCUUGUAUUGAGCUAAUUGAGAAGCCCAUGGGUAUCAUGUCCAUCCUUGAAGAGGAGUGCAUGUUCCCCAAAGCCAGUGAUGCAACAUUCAAAGCUAAGCUUUAUGACAACCACUUGGGCAAAAAUCCUAACUUCCAGAAGCCCAGGAUUGUCAAGGGUAAACCAGAAGCCCAUUUUGCCCUGGUUCACUAUGCUGGCACAGUUGACUACAACAUUUCAAACUGGCUGGUGAAGAACAAGGACCCUCUUAAUGAGACUGUUGUAGGGUUGUUCCAGAAGUCAACUCUUAAGAUGUUGGGUAUUCUGUUUGCUAAUUAUGCUAGUGCUGACUCAGAUGCUGCUAAGGGUGGCAAAGGUACCAAAAAGAAGGGUUCUUCAUUCCAGACAGUGUCAGCCCUCCAUAGGGAGAACCUGAACAAGCUGAUGACCAACUUGAGGUCAACUCACCCUCACUUUGUGCGCUGCAUCAUCCCCAAUGAGACUAAGAAUCCCGGGGCGAUGGAGAAUCCUCUGGUCAUGCACCAGCUGCGCUGUAACGGUGUGCUGGAGGGCAUCAGAAUCUGCAGAAAGGGAUUUCCCAACAGGAUCCUGUAUGGAGAUUUCAAACAACGGUACCGGAUCCUAAAUCCUGCUGCUAUCCCUGAGGGACAGUUCAUUGAUAAUAAGAAGGGUGCAGAAAAACUUCUGGGUUCUCUGGACAUUGAUCACAGCCAGUACAAGUUAGGACAUACUAAGGUGUUUUUUAAGGCUGGUCUUCUGGGUACACUUGAGGAGAUGCGAGAUGACCGUCUUGCACUUAUUAUUACUGGAAUUCAGUCCGUGUCUCGUGGUUUUCUAUCAAGAGUUGAGUUCCAGAAAAUUGUGGAUAGAAGAGAUUCUUUGUUGGUGAUCCAGUGGAACAUACGUGCCUUCAUGGGUGUCAAGAAUUGGCCCUGGAUGAAGCUUUACUUCAAGAUUAAGCCUCUGCUGAAAUCUGCUGAGACUGAGAAAGAAAUGGCCAACAUGAAGGAAGAAUUCACCAAGCUGAAGGAGGCUUAUGCCAAAUCUGAAGCCCGCAGAAAGGAGCUUGAGGAAAAGAUGGUUUCUCUUCUCCAAGAGAAGAAUGACCUUCAACUUGCAAUGCAGUCUGAGCAAGAUAAUCUAACAGAUGCUGAGGAGAGAUGUGAGGGCCUGAUCAAGAGCAAGAUCCAGCUUGAGGCUAAAGCCAAAGAGCUGACUGAGAGACUGGAGGAUGAAGAAGAAAUGAAUGCUGAGCUGACUGCAAAGAAACGAAAGCUGGAGGAUGAAUGUUCUGAGCUCAAGAAGGACAUUGAUGAUCUUGAGCUCACUCUGGCCAAAGUGGAGAAAGAGAAACACGCUACUGAGAACAAGGUUAAAAACCUGACAGAAGAGAUGGCAGCUUUGGAUGAGAUCAUCGCUAAGCUGACCAAGGAGAAGAAAGCUCUGCAGGAGGCCCAUCAGCAAACACUAGAUGACCUCCAGAGUGAGGAAGACAAAGUCAACACUCUCACUAAAGCCAAAGCCAAGCUGGAGCAACAAGUGGAUGAUCUUGAAGGUUCUUUGGAACAAGAAAAGAAAAUUCGCAUGGAUCUUGAGAGAGCUAAAAGAAAGCUUGAGGGUGACUUGAAGUUGACUCAAGAGAAUGUGAUGGAUUUGGAAAAUGAUAAGCAGCAGCUGGAGGAGCGGCUAAAGAAAAAAGACUUUGAAAUAAGCCAGCUCAAUAGCAAGAUUGAAGAUGAGCAGACAAUGGCAUCCCAACUCCAGAAGAAACUGAAGGAGUUGCAGGCCCGAAUUGAAGAGCUUGAGGAAGAGCUGGAGGCUGAGAGAGCUGCUCGUGCUAAAGUUGAGAAACAGAGAGCUGAUCUGUCCAGAGAACUGGAGGAGAUCAGUGAGAGGUUGGAGGAGGCUGGUGGAGCCACUGCUGCUCAGAUUGAGAUGAACAAGAAACGUGAAGCUGAGUUACAGAAGCUGCGCAGAGACCUUGAAGAGUCCACUCUGCAACACGAGGCCACCUCUGCUACACUGAGGAAGAAACAUGCCGACAGUGUAGCUGAUCUGGGAGAGCAGAUCGACAACCUUCAGAGAGUGAAGCAGAAGCUGGAGAAAGAGAAGAGUGAACUCAGACUGGAACUGGAUGAUGUGGUGUCCAACAUGGAGCAGCUUGUGAAGGCAAAGGCAAACCUGGAGAAAAUGUGCAGAUCUCUGGAAGACCAGAUGAGUGAGUACAGAACCAAGGCUGAGGAAGGCCAGCGUACAAUCAAUGACUUCACCAUGCAAAAAGCCAAGCUGCAAACUGAAAAUGGUGAACUGUCCAGACAGCUAGAGGAGAAAGACUCCCUGGUGUCUCAGUUAACCAGAGGCAAGCAGUCCAACACUCAGCAGAUUGAAGACCUCAAGAGACAACUAGAGGAGGAAAUCAAGGCUAAGAAUGCCCUGGCUCAUGCAGUUCAGUCUGCUCGUCAUGAUGCUGAUCUGCUGAGGGAACAGUAUGAGGAGGAGCAGGAGGCCAAGGCUGAGCUGCAGCGUAGUCUGUCCAAGGCAAACUCUGAGGUGGCUCAGUGGAGAACCAAGUAUGAAACUGAUGCCAUCCAGAGGACUGAGGAGCUGGAGGAUGCCAAGUAAGAAACAAAGAACAUUUAAAUCUUAAGAUUUUUGGUCUUUAGUAAGAAUACAUAAAAUAUCUUCUGACUUUUCCACUAGGGUCUGCAGCCUUUAAACAUGUUCAAAUU